ACAACAACAACAAAGAUGGCAGCCUCCAUGACGAGAUGCAAACUUCGUAUCUUAGCGAAAAGAUUGUGUGACAGACAACUAUUGAGACUUUUGUCAUCAACAAAAAGCAGCGGGAAUGAUUCUGCUGCUAAUGAUUCCACACAGAGAAAAACACACUUCGGCUUUGAGACGGUAACAGAGGCGGAAAAGGAAGAGAAAGUGUACUCUGUGUUUAAGAAUGUAGCCGAUAAGUAUGAUCUGAUGAAUGAUGCAAUGAGUGUAGGAGUGCACAGACUUUGGAAAGACGCGUUUAUACGAAGGUUGGCACCAAGACCAGGAACAAAACUCCUUGAUGUAGCUGGUGGAACUGGAGAUAUUGCCUUUAGAUUCCUGAAAUAUGCAAAUUCACUAAGUGAGAGUGGAGGGGCAGACUUUGAUGUGUCCAUACCUAGAAAUGUUACAGCUAAUGUUUAUAUGGACCCUGCUGAGGAUACAUCAUCCAACUCUGAUACAUCUGAUGAUUCUGAGUUGCUAGGCAACAGAGUACCUGCCAGUCAUGUGACUGUAUGUGAUAUUAACCAAUCAAUGCUGGAUGUGGGCAUGGCCAGAGCUCUGGAUGCUGGGAUAUAUUCUGGUAUGUCAUGGUUACAAGGGAAUGCAGAGUGUUUGCCAGUAGAAGAUAACUCAUAUGAUGCCUAUACAAUAGCAUUUGGUAUUAGAAAUUGCACACAUAUAGACAAAGUUGUAGAAGAAGCUUACAGAGUGUUGAAACCAGGAGGACGUUUCAUGUGCCUGGAAUUUAGUAGGGUUCCGAACCCAGUAAUAAGAAGUGUGUAUGAUGAGUAUUCAUUUCAAGUUAUCCCUGUAAUGGGACAGCUGCUAGCAGCGGACUGGAAGUCUUAUCAAUACCUUGUAGAAAGUAUACGACAGUUUCCCAGUCAGGAAGACUUCAAAGCGCUGAUAGAAUCGUGUGGCUUCAAAGCGGUAACCUACGAAAACUUGACAUUCGGCGUCGUUGCAAUACACUCUGGUUUUAAGUUAUAGCAUUAAAUGCCAAUGUGAUGACCAUGUGUUUGUGAUGUACUAUUUAUUGUUGCGUGACAUUAGUACUAACUGGCGUAUGUUUCAGGUGUGAUAAAAAUCUAACUGGAAAUUAUUCUUAGCUUUUAGAUAAAACUGCCACAAGUAUUGAUGUUAAAACUAGUUUUAGAAUAAAAAAGAAACCAUUUCAUACUGAAAUAAUACAUUGAAAGAAAUUUUAAAUGUCUUCGGAUUUCUUUUAAACAGUGGACGCAGGCAGAUACAACUAUUUUGUGCAUUUGCUGACUGCUGUUUAUUUGAUCCAGGAAAGCCAGUGUUAACGUAGUGGACCUGUUAUGACAAGCGAUAUAGGUUCGAGCCUCACUUGGGGUGUUGAAUUCUUCAUGUGAGGAAGCCAUUCAGCUGGCUUACGGAAGGUCUGUAUGCCACUAUAUGACAGGAUUGUGUCGGUGCAACGUUAAACCAAACAAAUCAUUUAGGAGCUAUAUGCAUAGUUUUAUGAUGAUCUGCGUCAGAGUUUUAAAGUCUUCGUCUUUUUGUACUUGUACAGAAUAUGUACUACAUUUUUUUGUCAUAGUCGUGCUUCUAACUUGCUCCCAUAGUUGAUACAGCGAAUAUUUUGAAGAAAUUGAAAAGAAACGCUUUUACUGUAAAUAGAUUCUUACUUGGCACUGAGGAGUUCAAAUAGUAUGUUAGAUGGCGCUCAUCCUGUUUUCAGUACUGUCAGUAGAACAUUGAAAGAUUAUAAACUUUUUUUCAAUUUUGGCCUUAUUGUUUAAACACAUGGACAUUGUAGGUAGGUUCGCAUAUAUAUCGUCCUACGGAAACUUUUCUUAAAUUCUACUACUUUAAUUUAAACUGUAUUUUAUGACUACCAAAGUUUACUGCUUUCAUUUAAACUGUAUUUUAUGACUACCACAUGAGCAAUAAAGUUAACAUUGUAACCAUU